AUGGUAGGUGUGCGGGAUGUGGGCGCGGUGGGGAGGGCGCGCCCGCAGGGUCGCCCCAGAGCGGUUCCUCUCUGUUUCAACUGCUCCAUCCUCCCUGGAGACAGGUCCCUGGGUGCAAGGAGCCCGGUGCCCUGCAAUGGCAGCAGGGCUCUGGGACCCUUUGACCCCCAAGACCUGAACCUGACGGAUGAGGAGCUCAGGCUCAAGUACCUGGGGCCCCAGCAGACGGAGCUGUUCGUGCCCAUCUGUGUCACCUACCUGCUGAUCUUCGUGGUGGGCACGGUGGGCAAUGCGCUGACCUGCACGGUCAUCCUGCGCCACAGGCCCAUGCGCACACCCACCAACUACUACCUCUUCAGCCUGGCUGUGUCGGACCUGCUGGUGCUGCUUGUGGGCCUGCCCUUGGAGCUCUACGAGAUGCAGAACAACUACCCGUUCUUGUUGGGUGCCGGCGGCUGCUACUUCCGCACGCUGCUCUUUGAGACCGUCUGCCUGGCCUCGGUGCUCAACGUCACCGCCCUGAGCGUCGAGCGCUACGUGGCCGUGGUGCACCCGCUGCGGGCCAGGUCGGUGGUGACUCACGCCCACGUGCGCCGCGUGCUCGCGGCCAUCUGGGGCCUCGCGGUGCUCUGCUCUCUGCCCAACACCAGCCUGCACGGCAUCCAGCAGCUAGAUGUGCCCUGCCGGGGCCUGGUGCCCGGCUCGGCCGUGUGCACCCUGGUGCGCCCAAGAGCCAUCUACAACCUGGUGGUGCAGGCCACCGCACUGCUCUUCUUCUGCCUGCCCAUGGCCACCAUCAGCGUGCUCUACCUGCUCAUCGGCCUGAGGCUGCGGCGUGAGAGGCAGCUGAUCCUCAGACAGGAGGCCAAGGGCAGGGCCAGGACAAGCGACAGCCGCAGGCUCCAGGAUCGGGGUCGGACACAGGUGACCAAGAUGCUGUUUGUGCUGGUCAUCGUGUUCGGGAUCUGCUGGGCCCCGUUCCACGUCGACCGCGUUAUGUGGAGCUUCGUGUCCCGCUGGACCGAGGGCCUGCUCCUGGCCUUCCAGUACGUGCACGUCGUCUCCGGAGUCUUCUUCUACCUCAGCUCGGCUGCCAACCCCGUGCUCUACAGCCUCAUGUCCACCCGCUUCCGGGACAGCUUCCGGGAGGCUCUGUGCCCGGGGACCCAGUGCCGCGGCCGUAGAGCCCGCCACAGCUCCUACAGCCUCAGCAGGGUGACCGUGGGCAGCACCCUGGGUGACACGGGCUCCCCGGGAAGCCAGGCCCAGCCUCUGGCCGAGAACGGUGGCCCAGGGGGCCAGCAAGGGAUGCACCGCUCCUGA